AUACGGCGUAUGGCAGUCGUACCCGAAAACAACUGGCGAAACCCUCCUGCUGGUUAUAAUGUUGCACCCGCAGACCAACUACACCAUGAUCCAGGACCCGGAAUUGGCGUUCAGCAGAUUCCAGCACACAAAAUGAACCCAGGGCCGAAGAAAUACAGUAACGCACUCAUCAAUCUCGUCAUGACGUGUUUGAGUCCCGCACCAGCUCAGAGACCUACAGCUGCUGCUCUGUUGGCAGAAAUU